AUGAUCAUCCCCUAAUUUAAGCUUACUCAGGAUAGUAAAUACGUAGUAGCAGUUAUUCGUAUUCCUUAUGUUAAAAUAAGUAAUGCAGAAUUCUAUAUUGAAGGAAGGAACUUUAAAUUCUUUUUGCAUCCUUACCUUUUAUCAAUAGAAUUUAAAAAUGAUUUAUUUAAGUCUGAUGAACCAGCUGCUGCUUCAUACAAUCAUGAUACCUAUGAGUUAACAGUUAAAAUUUAGAAGGCUACUGAAGGUGAGCAUUUUGAAGAUUUAGAUAUGAUAACUUAAUUGCUUGCAGCUAGUAGAAAAAAAGAAGUGAAAAAACCUGAAUAGAAAAAAAAUAAAAAACCAUUAAUCGAAGUAAUAGGAGAGGCAGAUCAUACUGAAUAGACUAAUAACGAUGAAAUUGAAGAGAUCAAAUAGCAAGUUGAGAACUUGGUUUUGUCCUAAGACGCAUAUGCUUAUGGAUUUAAUUAAUAAACUAAAGGUUAUUUCUAAGAUCUUGGUGAAGAAAUAUUUGAAAUUGGUCACUUUAACCCAGACGAAAUACCUAUAAGUGAUAGAAUUAAUUUAAGAAAUGAAUAUGUAAAUAGCAAGUUUGAUGAAGAUGCUUAUAUCUAUGAUACAUUUGAAAAUGAGGAGAUAGACUCAUAUAUUAAAUUAAAUUUAGAAUUUUUAUCAAAAGUAGCUUCAAUUAAUUAAGAUACAAGCUCUUCUUACACUCCCGAAGAAUGGAACUAGUUAAAAAAAUUGCCAAAUAAAGAAUUCAUAAUAAAUAAUAAAAAUAAAUGUUUGAUGGAAAUUAUUGAUAUCUUGUUUGCAUUUGCAUACGAAUUAAGAUGUAUGGGAGGAGAAUUUUCUUGUGAAAGUGCUGCAACUAUAAACUAUUUAUCAAGUGUUUUGAGCUGUUUCAUCUGCGAUAAUACCCUGAACGAAAUAAUCAGAUAGUGCUACAGAAGGGCUUUAACUUUCCCUAUGUUAAGAAAUUUUAAAUUAAUUUAAUAGGCAUAACAGGAUUUAGUAAUAAUACUUUAAAGUGGUAGAGCUGGAGUUCUUAAAACUUUACUUUAAAUUAAAUACUUGUUUGAAGUUAACGAACCUAGAUACCAUUUAAAUAAUUUAUACAUUGAAGAUUUUUGUAUAUGGGUUUAAACACUCAAAGAUGAAGAUUUUUAAAAUCUUGCAGGGCAAAUUUAACAGAUAGAAAUUAAUAAAAAAGAUCUGGAUCUCAAUUUAGUAGAAAUAGAUUAAGACUGUGAAUAAAUGCUUCUUGAAUAAUAAGAAAGUGAUAAGCAUGAUUGA